CCGAACGAUUUGGCAACGUUGAUUCGCAAGCAUGCUGACAAUUUUCCAGAUGACCUACCGGCGGGUUUGCCACCUGAGCGAGACCACGACCACAACAUCGAGUUGGAGCUCGGCGCACAACCGACUGUUCGAACUCAAUGGCGGCUGACUCAGCCCGAGCUGGAUGAACUUCGACGCCAGCUGGACUUCCUGCUCGAGAAAGGUUUCGUUCGCCCCAGCACUUCACCAUUCGCAGCUCCGAUCCUGUUCACCCCGAAGGAAGAUGGCGGUCUCCAAAUGUGUAUUGACUACCGCGCCUUGAAUCGGGUUACCAUGAAGUCCCGAUAUCCUAUCCCGCGUGCCGACGAACUCAUCGACCAACUUCGUAGAGCCAAGUUCUUUUCGAAAAUUGACUUACGAGGCGGUUACCAUCAGAUCCGGGUGCACAAAGAUGACUGCUAUAAGACGGCGUUUCGGAUCCGAUACGGGAGUUACGAGUACACGGUUAUGCCAUUUGGCUUAACAAACGCACCUUCGAUGUUCCAGUUAACAAUGAACGAAGUUUUUCGGCCGCUGCUGGAUAAUUGCAUCGUCGUGUACCUCGACGAUAUCCUGAUCUUCAACACUACCCGGGAACUGCAUCUGAAGGAUUUGGAAGCAGUCUUCUUUCCCAUGCAGCAGCACCGACUCAUCACCAAGGGAUCUGAAACAGACUGGAGUUUUUGGGACACUCAUCCCCAUCUGACAGUCAAGCAAGGGGCCUAUUACCUAAAAUCCGGUACCAAUCGGAUUUGGGUUCCCGCCUACCGUAUGCUACGCGAGCUACUGAUACAGGAGGCACAGAACUCGAAUUUCUCGGGUCACUACGGCAUCGGCAAAACUGCCAAAUUACUGAGCCGUAAUUAUUACUGGCCCAAUUUGCCGACAGACGUGCAGCAGUACGUCACCUCCUACGCCACGUGUCAACGCAUGAAAUCUUCACGACUUCGACCUUCGGGAUUACUUCAGCCGCUCGAGCCACCCAGCCGGCCCUGGCAACAAGUGACAAUGGAUUUCGUCACUGGCCUGCCAACCGGUUCAAGCGGUAACGACGCGAUUCUCGUCGCUGUUGACCGAUUGACCAAGAUGGCCUACUUCGCCGCCUGCAAGACGACAAUCACUGCCGAGCAGACAGCAAAACUGUUCCUCACGAACAUCAUGCGGCUAUACGGCAUUCCUUCGGCAAUCAUCAGCGAUCGCAACCCUCAGUUCACGUCCAAUCUCUGGACAAAAACCUGGCAGCAGUACGGCACACGUCUGCAACUGUCCACAGCAUCCCACCCGCAAUCGGACGGCCAGACUGAGUGCACCAAUCAGAGGAUAGAGCAGCUGAUUCGCACAACGUGCACAGACCCGGCCCAAUGGGAAGACUCCCUUCCCUUGAUCGAGUUUGCGUACAACAACGCACCAUCAGCCAUGGCUACUUAGUGCCCACUCUUCCUCAAUUAC